AUGAGAAGGUAGAAUUACGAUGAAUAUCGCUAGACUCUAUCGAAUAGCCGCUUGAAGACAAUUCAUAAUGCUAAUGAUCCAAACUUCGUUUCAACUUAUAAUACCUCGCAUAACUUGGUCUAUCAACAGCCGGGCUCGAGCCCACAACAGAUUUAGAGUGUAAAAACUUUUUUAAUUUCUAAUAACACUUUUUCAUAGAUGAAGCAAUCUCAAUAAGCAAGCAAAAACAUUUAUAACAGCAAUAAUAAUGAUAGACCUGAGAUUCUUGAGAUUAGGAAUAAAGAAGAUGACUUGAAUGAUAGAUCAUGUAAAUUAGUUAACUCAUUAUAUCAAUUUAUCUUAGUGAGAAUGAGCGGAAGAUCUAUGAGUUAUUAAGCUUUACCUAACCACACAGCUCCAAACACUUCCAGAUAUGGUGGGGCUAAUUAGUAGCUCCCUGGUUCGAAUAAUAAAUUCUAUGGACUACCCUCUAGAGAUGUGAAUUCUCAUGCAGUCAAAUUCUUAAAUGAUAAGCCAACUUCCUAGAGAGCUGCUUAAUUCGCUGAGCCAUAAUACAACCCGGAAGGAAGAAUGAGGAUGGAUCCUAACUUUUUAGCCACUCAGAUGCAAAAUUAAUUAUAGGAGUAAUAGCCAGCUUCAAAGAGAAAACAAGUGACCUUCCCUAAUGAGGGAAGUGGCAGUCCUAUAAGGAAUGCAUAUAAUGGCAAUAGUAACUAAAACCCUCAAAUAUCUUAGAGUUAAGCUUUUUCUCCUUAAAAAAGUGAAAUAUUAACUAAAAGCGGAUCUAUGUCUCUAAUCUCAUCUUUUACUCCUUCUCCUAAUGGACUCGUGCCAAAUAGAAAGACAAUAUACGACACUUAUAGAAUAGACAGUGAGUAUCGAGAAAAUUUCAAUGACCCUCAGAACAUAUAUUAACAUUAACAUUAUGGAAAGCCAAACUAUCACGUAUACAAACCCUAUGAUCAAAAGCAGGGAAUGACUAGAGGUUUAGAUUUUACUCCCUCUACAGAUGAAGGCUAGAAGUAUCUUGAUUAUAAAGUAAGAAUGACAAAUGAUAAGGAGUCGACUAAUGUCGGAUAUGCCCCUGCCUACUAAUCGAUAGCUCAUCUCAACAACCCGUAAGCUCACAGAACAAGCCAAAAAGAAGCUCCUAAAUUCGACGUGCUAUCCAGCAGCUAUAAAGUGUAAUGA